UUCUAUAUCUAUAGUCAUUGAACAUUUCUCUGAGAGCUUUUCGAAAAUGGAGAAGCAACCUAAAUCAAAGAACAAGAUCCUCAAGUAUUUACCCAAAGCAGCUUCUGCAGUCUACUUCCAAAACCUUGCGUUUAGCCCUGGUAGAGACAAGAGAUCAGAGAAUCACUUCCACAAGUUCAAAGCUCAUGUCGGUAAAGGAUUUUCAGGUCCCAUCGUUUCCAUAAUCCCCGAUGAAGUUCGACGGAAACCCAAGAAUGGGAGCUUCGACACCCAAGAACCCACCUCGCCUAAAGUUUCCUGCAUGGGUCAAAUCAAACACAAGAAGAAGAUGGUGAGCAACUGCAAGCCCAAGAAAGCUUCGCCUCCUGAAGAAACAAAGGCUGCACCUGCACCUUCUCCGCGAGAGAUAAAGAAACAUGCUUCGACGAUUAAGAGGCUCUUUACCAGUGCUAAGAAAACUGAGAGGAGGAGAUCCGAUGCUUCUAUCUAUGAUAAGCAACCACCUUCUGAUAGAGCACCUUCAUUGAGUCAGAUGAAGAGGUUUGCAAGCGGUCGUGAUACUUUCGCCAACUUUGACUGGACGGCUCAGAUUGCUCCGGUGGAUUCAGAUCACCGGGAUUAUUAUUCUGAUGAAGGAGACAGGAUAAAUAGCGAUGAAGAAGAUGAAGAGGUUAUUAUUCCUUUCUCUGCGCCUAUAAUAGUUGGUCCCUUGCAGCCAAGAAAAGAAGUUAAUCUAUGGAGGAGAAGAACCAUGAAUCCACCAAGGCCUCUUCAAUUGAAUUUAACGGUCAGAACAAUUUGAAUAGAUACAAUUUUCUUCUUCUUCUUGAUAUAUAAAAUUUCAACUAGUAUUUGGUUAUGUUAAUCGUUUUGUUCAUCUUAGAUUGGUGAAGCACAUAUGUAAUUAAAUACAGAGACUGAUGUAUGUGUAUAUCCAUUACUACUCUGCAAAUUUCAUGAGAGUUAAGCUUGUCAAUUAAUUUAGUUUAUUCAUUUUUUUCCCCUCU